AACUGCACCAGCCAUAGACGCCAAGCCAAGCCGGCUGGACCCUCCAGCUAGGUGACAGCCACCACGAUGGGGGCUCCGGCCCUGCUGUGGCCUCCCCUGCUGCUGGUUCUGAUGCUGUUUGGUCAACUCCCGGUAACCUUGGCCCAGUCCGAGGUCUGCUAUGUGAACGAGACCAUAUUCCAAGUGGAAGAGAACAAGAAUGUGACUGAACCCCUAGUGGACAUCUAUGUCCCAAAGGACCAGGAGGUGGUCCUGGGACCUUUAUCCACUCCCUUCGCCUUUCGGAUCCUGGGGAAUCAGCUGUUUCUCAAUGUGACUCCGGAUUAUGAGGAAACCCCACUGCUGGAGGCACAACUGGAGUGCAGGAAGGGGAACACAGUGGUGACGCAGCUAAGGGUGUUCGUGGCUGUCCUGGAUGUAAAUGACAAUGCUCCAGAGUUCUCCUUUACGACCAAGGAGCAAGACGUGGCGGAGGACACCAAGGUGAACACAGUGGUCAUCCCUGAGGCAGACCUGCAGGCCACAGAUCGCGACAAAGAUGACAUCCUAUAUUACACCCUUCUUGAAGUGACCCCUGGUGCCAGCAGCUUCUUCUCCCUGAUGGGGGUAAAUCGCCCUGCCCUGAAACUAGACCGUUCCCUGGAUUUCCUCAAGAUGCGGAAUAUGACCUUCCAGCUGUUGGUGCGGGAUACUUGGGAGGAUAAGGUAGAACCCAGCCACACAGCCUCCGCCACCCUAGUCCUGAACGUGGUGCCAGCAGACCUACGUCCCCCCUGGUUCCUGCCUUGCUCCUUCUCAGAUGGCUACAUCUGCAUCGACGCUCAGUACCGUGGGGUAGUCCCCACAGGACACAGACUGCCAUUCCCCCUCAUCUUGCAACCUGGUCCCAUCUAUGCCGUGGAUGGAGAUCAGGGCAUCAAUAUAGACAUCAUCUACAGCAUCAUAGGAGGAAACACAAAUGAUACUUUCACCAUCAACGCAGACUCUGGGAAUCUCACCAUGGCCAAGAGUGUCUCCAGCCCCAUGACCUUCAUCCUGUUGGUCAAGGCUGAACAGGCCGAUCUGGCCCGCUACUCAGUGACUCAGGCCACCGUGGAGGCCCGUGCUGUCAAUGGAAACCACACACUCCAGUUCACUCAGAGGCUGUACCGUGGGAUGGUGGAACUUGGCUCUGGGGCCUACACUGCAGUCAAGGACGCGGCUUCCCCCUUUAAGCUUCUGAGGAUCCAGGCCGUGGACCCAGAUUUCCCGGACUUCAAUUCGGCCAUCACACAUCGAAUCACCAACUGCUCAGAAUUCACAAUGGAUGGGGACAUCGUGCUGACCACCGUGGCUCUAGAGCAAGCAAGGGUCUUCUAUGCAGAGGUGGAAGCCAUCAGCACUGUGACGCAACUCACAGCAACCACAGUGGCAGAGAUUCGCGUAUCAGGCCUGGAGCCUCCCUCCACUGAGUCCCCACCGUCCCCAGAGCCUGGAGGAACAACAAGUAGCACUGCUUCGGAAGUCCCCGGAACCUCUCAGAGACCUACCUCGACCAGCUCUGCGGGGGGCACUGGCCCUCUCCCACCCUCAGGCACGACCCUAAGGCCACCUGCCUCUGUCUUGCCCACAUCUGUGUCCUCCCCCACUGCUGGAAGCAGCCCCUCCCCCCAGCCAGCCACACCUAGUGAGGGCUCAUCAGAGAGCCCCAAACCAGAAAUCUCCCAGCCAACAAACCCCACUGUAGGAACCGGCCCCUCCCCCCAGCCAGCCACACCUAGUGAGGGCUCAUCAGAGAGCCCCAAACCAGAAAUCUCCCAGCCAACAAUCCCCACAGUAGGAACAGGCCCCUCCCCCCAGCCAGCCACACCUGGUGAGGGCUCAGCUCAGACCUCCAAACCAGGAACCUCCCAGCCCACAACCCCCACCGCUGGAACCAGUACCUCCCCCCAUCCAGCCACACCUGGUGAGGGCUCAGCUCAAACCCCCAAACCAGGAACCUCUCAGCCAACAGCCACUGUGUCCAGCAGGAGCCCCUCACCCUCAGGGAUACCAGGAGAAGAUGGCAUUGGCGGGGACAGUGAUGGCCAGCACUUCUCCACGGUGGACAUGGCCGUGCUGGGCGGGGUGCUGGGUGCACUGCUGCUGCUGGCCCUCAUCUGCCUGGGCAUCCUCAUCCAUAAGCACUAUGGUCACCGGUUCCACUGCUGCUCUGGCAAGGCUGCGGAAGGCAAGAUGAGCAGCUUUGACAACCAGGCCUUCCUCUCCGACCCAAAGCCCAGCUGGGAUCCCACCCCUGACCCAGAGCCAGAGUCAGACCUUGCACCUGCAGAGCCACCCUCGGCGCCCCCCAGCCCGGUGCCCACCGUCCCCGCGCCCCCUAGCCCCCAGACCCUCAGCCGUUCCCAUGCCCCGGAGUCUCCUACAGCUGCCGGGGCUGGGGACAGCCCCUCGGCUGUGAGAUCGAUCCUGACCAAGGAGCGGCGGCCAGAGAGUGGCUACAAGGCCGUGUGGUUUGGUGAGGACAUCGGAGCCGAGGCGGACGUGGUGGUCCUCAACGCGCCCACCGCGGAAGCAGACGGCGCCGGCGAUGGUGGUGAGGGGAGCGACGAUGAGGACGACACAGACCCGAAUAGCCACUUUAGAAUUCUGGAGUCCAAGACGUGAGCCCUGCGCGCUAGGCGGUCCAGUGAAGGUCCUCCAUCCCACCCACCCGCGCCACAAGUGCGGGGGGCGCUUCCUGAAAAAGCACCUGUUGUGACAGCCCUGGCCACUAGCUUCCUGGAGUUUCCUAACAGCUGGCCAACCACAAGUUCCUCUCCCUGUGUAACCACGCGGAGGGAGGGUGGGGGAAUACUCAUUGGAGAGCCGCCACCUGACUCCACUGUGGAGGUUUUCACUUGGGGAGAGGUGGAGGAGCCAGGACACCCCUGUCCCCAACCAUCACACACACUCAUUUGGGAGGAGGUGAUAUCUGGGGCCUUCCAGGGUGUCACAGCCUCCUUCUGAAGCUUAUGCUCUGGGAAGGAACACCCUAUUCGUCAUCCCCCCACUAACCAAGACACCCCUGUCCAGCUCCAGCACUGAGGUGUGCGGGGCUGGGGGUGGGGCUGCCGCAGGGUGAGGAGCAGCGCCUUCAGGUCAUGGUCUGUGGGUGCAAGGAGGCCAGGGCCCUCAUAUGAGUGGGGACAGAAGGAACCCGUUAUACUUGAUUCUUGGACAUUUUUUUGCUAGUCUGGACUUUUUCUUGCAGGGCAGCCAUUGGCAUUAUUCCUAAUAAGUAAUCACGGUGAAUUUCUUUCCAGAAGUUAAAAAAGGUUUUUUAUGGGCUGGAGAGAUGGCUUAGCGGUUAAGCGCUUGCCUGUGAAGCCUAAGGACCCCGGUUCAAGGCUCGGUUCCCCAGGUCCCACGUUAGCCAGAUGCACAA